GUUUAAAAUAGGUAGAUAUUAAAACUGAAAACAAUUCUACAAUGUCUAUUGGAUCAGUAUAUGAAACUGCAUACAAAGGAGAUUUUAACCAAGUUAAGGUUAAAAUUGAUCAAAAUGCAUCUUUAGCCAAAACACCGGAUUCGAAUGGUCGUCUCCUACUUCAUUGGGCUGCCUUAGGAGGCAAUGAAAAUUUAGUUGACUAUUUAAUUAAUUGUGGAAGUAAUGUGGAUGCUGUAGAUGAUACAAGUGCUACUCCACUAAUAUUGGCUUCAUCAGCAGGAAGAUAUGAAGUGGUUAGAUUAUUGAUUGGUAAGGGAGCCAAUGUCAACCAUAAGACUAAUCGUGGUCAAUCAUCACUACAUUAUGCCUGCUCCAAAGGUCAUUUAGAGGUGACAAAAUUAUUGCUUGAAACCGGAGCCAAUAUCAAUGAAAGUGAUGUACUUGGAGCUACACCAUUACACAGAGCUGCAACUCAAGGGAGAAACAAUAUUGUGGAAUUGAUUUUGUCAAGAUCAGAUGUAAAGGUUGACUUAUGUGAUUCCACAGGUUCAACAGCAUUGCAUUUAGCUUGUGAAGAAGACAGAGAAGCUACAGCAAGCAUGUUAGUUCGGUCUGGUUCUAAAGUGGAUAAUAAAAACAAAGAAGGCAAAACACCACUUGACCUUUGUUCUGUAAAACUAAGGAAAAUUUUGACUGAGUUAUUGUUUUGAAAUUAAAAUUUCAUUAUUAUAUUAUUAUUGGUUAUAUAAUA